CAACAACUCAUGCAACUAUAAAUUUUAUCUUGUACAUCUUAAUUCAUAGAAAAUAAAAAUGAAAUUAUUAAAAGAAUGGAUUGACGAAAGGAUAUAUGAUAUUAAUUAUUUUGUAUAUAACGAAUUUAAUAAUCUAGAAGAAAUUGACGAGGGAACCAGUGGGACUUUUAAAAAAGCAAAUUUGAAAAAUCAAAGAAUUACUGUCGCAAUUAAAAGUUUGAAUAAUUCAAUAAUUAAUGAAAAUGAUUUUAAUGAGUUUAUCACAAAGUUAAAGACUUUUCAAAAAAUUAAUCAUCCUAAUAUCAAUCAUUUUCUUGGGUUAACGAGAGGUCUAUAAUUAUAAAUUUUGCUACGUUUAAACGAAUAUGAUUUAUGAUACUCUUAUACAAACUACUUUAACAAUAUAUAUUUUUACGCGUUUAAA